GAGCCAAAGGCUCAUGGGUAGGUGGCGGAUCGUUGACUGGUCUGUUUUUCACUCUCUUUUCCAUAAAAUCUUGUUUGUGUUCUGCACCGAACCAACUCGAAGGCAGUGAUGAAUGCAAACAUGGCCGCGGCUACCACGAUUUCUCAGCUCGGAUGCUUCUCCGCCGUCCACCGUAGCAUACACCUCCGCAGCCGCUCGCUUCUAUUUCCUUCUCCUCGCUCCAAGUUAUCAGUUGUUAUGAGUCUGGAGAGGCAUGACACAGAUACUGCUGGGACUGAUACCAAAAAUACACUGAGUUAUGCAGCUGAUGUGUCAAAGCUACAUGUUGAAGAAAAGCAGAACUCGUAUUCAACAAAAGAGGACCAUGAUACUGAAAAAACAGGGGUUGGACAGGAAAUACAAGGAAGUGUUGAUCAACCGAAAAAGACUGCAAAAAUCCAUGACUUCUGUUUAGGCAUUCCCUUUGGUGGUUUUGUUUUAACUGGAGGGAUUGUUGGGUUCCUUUUUUCACGGAGUCCUGCAACACUGAGCAGUGGUGUGCUCUUUGGUGGUGCUUUACUGUUCCUCAGUACCCUUAGCUUGAAGGUCUGGAGGCAAGGAAAAUCGAGCUUACCAUUUAUUCUAGGACAAGCAGCAUUGUCAGGGAUUCUUAUCUGGAAGAACUUCCAGAGUUACUCAUUGGCAAAGAAAAUAUUUCCAACUGGUUUUAGUGCUAUUAUAAGUUCUGCAAUGCUCUGCUUUUAUUUCUAUGUGCUUAUCUCUGGAGGAAAUCCCCCACCUAAGAAAUUGAAGCCAUCUUCCAGCACUGCAUGAUGAGAUAGUCAAGGUUAUACUAGCUUAUAAAAUAUGGAGAUAUAAUAUCUUAUUUUUCUGUGAAUUGAAAAUAAGGCUGUAAGCUAAUUUGGCCUUGUUGCUUUCGAAAAUAGAUCAGCCAAGAGGUACAACUGUGAUUAUUGCAUUAGAUUCGUAGGGCUUUUGUGGAGUAUACACUAAUAAUAUAAAAUUUGAUGGAAAAGAUAA